AUGGGUAAAGAAAAGCUGCACGUUAACGUUGUCGUUAUCGGCCAUGUCGAUUCCGGUAAAUCUACCACCACCGGUCACUUGAUCUAUAAGUGCGGUGGUAUUGACAAACGUACCAUUGAGAAGUUCGAGAAAGAGGCUGCUGAGCUCGGAAAGGGUUCCUUCAAAUACGCUUGGGUGCUUGACAAACUCAAGGCCGAGCGUGAGCGUGGUAUCACGAUCGACAUUGCCCUCUGGAAAUUCGAAACUCCUAAGUACAUGAUCACCGUCAUUGACGCCCCUGGUCACCGUGAUUUCAUCAAGAACAUGAUCACUGGUACCUCCCAGGCCGACUGCGCUAUUCUCAUCAUCGCAUCCGGUACUGGUGAGUUCGAGGCCGGUAUCUCCAAAGACGGUCAGACCCGUGAGCACGCCCUCCUCGCCUUCACCCUCGGUGUCAGGCAACUCAUCGUCGCCUGUAACAAGAUGGACACCGCCAAGUGGUCCGAGGAUCGUUUCAACGAAAUUGUCAAGGAGACGAGCAACUUCAUCAAGAAGGUCGGCUACAACCCCAAGGCCGUUGCUUUCGUUCCCAUUUCUGGUUGGCACGGUGACAACAUGUUGGAGGAGUCCGCCAACAUGCCCUGGUACAAGGGCUGGCAGAGGGAGACCAAGGCCGGUACGGUCAAGGGCAAGACCUUGAUCGAUGCCAUUGACGCCAUCGAGCCCCCGUCGCGUCCUACCGACAAGCCCCUUCGUCUUCCCCUCCAGGAUGUGUACAAGAUCGGUGGUAUCGGAACAGUACCCGUCGGCCGUGUCGAGACUGGAAUCAUCAAAGCCGGCAUGGUUGUCAACUUCGCUCCUUCCAACGUGACUACCGAAGUCAAGUCCGUCGAAAUGCACCACGAGAACAUCCCCGAGGGUAUGCCCGGUGACAACGUCGGUUUCAACGUCAAGAACGUAUCCAUCAAGGAUAUCCGCCGUGGUAACGUCUGCUCCGAUUCCAAGAACGAUCCCGCCAAAGAGGCUGCUUCUUUCAACGCUCAAGUCAUCGUGCUCAACCACCCUGGUCAGAUCAGUGCUGGUUACACCCCUGUGGUCGACUGUCACACCGCCCACAUCGCCUGCAAAUUCGCCGAGUUGAUUGAGAAGAUUGACCGACGUUCAGGAAAGGUGAGAUUUGCGGACGCGCCCAAAUUCGUCAAGUCUGGUGACGCUGCCAUCGUCAAGCUUAUCUCUCAGAAACCCAUCUGUGUGGAGACCUAUGCUCCUCCUCUUGGUCGAUUUGCCGUCCGAGACAUGCGUCAGACCGUUGCCGUCGGUGUCAUCAAAUCUGUGGAGAAGUCGUCAGGAACUGGAGGCAAGGUGACCAAGGCUGCGGAGAAGGCUCAGAAGAAGAAAUAG